AUGUAUCACUCAUACAAUCACCGCUCCUCAGACCCAUUACUCCUAGAAUUCACAAAUGCCACCCCCGAGCCCGAAUUUGAGGCCCCAUCUUCAAGCUCAUCGGAUUCCAUCUCUCCCCUUCUGGAAAUCCCCAUCGAGCUCUUGACCAUGGUCGCCACGUAUCUCGAUUCAAGCGACCUCUUCUCUCUUCUCCUUACCGCGAAAGCUCUCCCGUUCUGGCUGCUUCCUAUGGCGCUGCCGCUACGUCUUCCUCUAGACAGAACCCUUCUCCACUAUGCCGCGGAGAAAGGUUCCCCAGAUUGCAUGCGCCACAUCCUCUGCGACGACGAGUGUCUGGCGCUGCUAAACACCCCCGAUAAUAAGGGUGAGACUCCACUGCACAUAGCCGCGAAGCGCGAGGACCAGCGUAUGUGUGAGGUACUGCUAGAAGCCGGCGCAGAUAUCGAUGCGCGUAACACUGAUGAUGAGACGCCGAUCUUCUGCGCGGUGGAGGCAGGGCGUGCUAAGGUAGUUAGGAUAUUGAGGGUCCGAGGCGCUGAUCUACGGGCGGUCGAGAAGAAUAAUAAGUUAACGGCGGAGCAGAAGGCCGUCAUGUAUGGGCGUGAGGACGUUAUUUUAGCAAUAAGGUGUGAGGAGGGUCUGAGUGGGGAGCGUGGGUAUCAGCAGUUGGAAGUUGCAACUGCCCACGGGUUUGUGGAGAUUGUCAAUAGGAUGAUUAGAGAGGGAAAGAACCCAUUCGAGAAGGGCGGAAGUAAGGCUCUGAGUGUGAUCGCGUGCUGGAGGAGUGGCGGGAGGAUUUUCGAGGAGUUGGGAGAGGAGCAGGAGACGAGCGUAGCGCCGGAGUUGCUGGUAAGGAAGAAGCGGAGGGGUAGAUGGGAGGAUUUGGAGGACGAGCAUGUUACGAGCCCAUUUGAGAAGAGGUUGAAGCUGAUGAACUUCUGA